CACGUCGUUGGAAACCCCUUCGUCGUUAGCGUUUACCGGCAGGCCCGAGCCCACGUCACCCUGGCCCACCCCCUCCCGUCGACCGCAGCGCUUAGGACAGGGCCUGGCACCUCGCGAGGGCUUAACCCCUGUCGCGACUAGCUGCCCACCCCUCUCCGAGUCGGGGAAAGGGUGUUUGGCGCGUAGUCGGCGCUUAACCGAGCCGUCCUCGUUAUUAGGCCCCGUCCGAAAAGAUGAUAAUCAUAACGUUGGUAUUCGUUAAGCGCUCAGUAUGUGCAGAGCACGGUUCUAAGCGCUGGGGGUGAUGCUUUGCCCUCGUCUUCUCGGAGGCGAAGGUGGCCAGGGCGGUGUUUUCGCCCCACUUCUAAUAAUGAUGGUAUUUGUUCAGCGCCUACUACGCCCCAGGCGCUGUACUGAGCGUUGGGGUGGAUAAUAGGUGUGUUUUGGUGAGCGCUCGCUAUGAGCGCCGGGGUGGAUAACAUCGUGGUGGGGGUGGAGCGCUUAGUAAGUGCCAAGCGCUGUACUGGACGCUGGGGUGAGCGGAGGUCAUCAGGUCCCCCGUUUAAGGGGGAAAGGGUGUCCCUUUGGGAAAAGACAGUUUGGUUUAUUGCCCGCCUAGGCCGUGAGGUCGUUGCGGGCAGGAACGUGUCUGUUCUUGGACUCUCCCAAGCGCUUAGUCCAGUGCUCUGCACCCAGCUAGCGCGCGGUAAAUACGAUGGACCGAGCGAAUGGACGGAUCAGCCGAGCUGGGAGUUUCCUCCUUUGGCCCCAGUGAGUGGAGGGGAAGGAAGUCCGCCGGGUUUCCGACGACAUUCACCGGCUGCCUUUCCUCCGAGGGUUAAAAGUUGAAGAAAACGCAGCGGUGGAAAAGAACAAGGAGCCUGAUUCCGGGGCUCGCCCCUUUUGAUGGUAUCUGUGGGAGCGCCGACUGUGUGCCGGGCGCUGUUCCGAGCCCUUGUGCUGGCCCCGCUGCCGUUUUCCGCCUCCCCGUCGUCCCGGGCGCAGAACUGGAGAUGUAUUAGACGAGGGGGAGACGUGAGUCAGCAGGCCGAGCCUCAGUCCUACGGCAGGGAGCGAUUUAGGGGCAGUCUCAGGAGGAGGAGUGGCAGACUUCAUUGCCAGCUCCCCUUUUAACUCGCCCUCUUUGUUAGGAAAGGCUGGAGGACACGCUCUUGGCCGGGCCCGGGUCGUGGCCCCGAUUUGCCGGUCAGCUCUUCUGAACUCCAGAAAGAAUGGAAGUUACCCAAGAAGCAUCAGAACGAAUUCUUCUAGAACCCUACAAGUACUUACUUCAGUUACCAGGGAAACAAGUGAGAACAAAACUUUCCCAGGCCUUCAAUCACUGGCUGAAUGUUCCAGAAGACAAGAAACAGGUGAUCAUCGAAGUGACGGAGAUGUUGCACAACGCCAGCUUGCUCAUCGACGACAUCGAAGACAACUCCAAGCUACGCCGGGGCUUCCCCGUGGCCCACAGCAUCUACGGCAUUCCGUCCGUCAUCAAUUCCGCCAAUUACGUCUAUUUCCUGGGCCUGGAAAAGGUCUUGACGCUCGAUCACCCCGACGCGGUGAAACUCUUCACGCGCCAGCUCCUGGAACUCCACCAGGGCCAAGGGCUGGAUAUUUACUGGCGGGAUAAUUACACGUGCCCCACCGAAGAGGAGUACAGGGCCAUGGUGCUGCAGAAGACGGGCGGCCUCUUCGGCUUGGCGGUGGGGCUCAUGCAGCUGUUCUCCAGCUACAAAGAAGAUCUAAAGCCGCUCCUCGACACCCUCGGCCUCUUUUUCCAAAUCAGAGAUGACUACGCGAACCUUCACUCCAAGGAGUACAGCGAGAACAAAAGCUUCUGCGAAGACCUGACGGAGGGCAAGUUUUCCUUCCCCACGAUCCACGCCAUCUGGUCCAGACCGGAAAGCACCCAAGUGCAGAACAUCCUGCGCCAGAGGACAGAAAACGUAGACAUCAAAAAGUACUGCGUCCACUACCUGGAGGACGUGGGCUCCUUCGAGUACACCCGGCAGACGCUGAAGGCGCUGGAAUCGGAGGCCUAUACGCAAAUCGAGGCCCUCGGCGGGAAUCCGGAGCUGGUGGCUCUCAUUCGGCACCUGAGCAAGAUGUUCCGAGAGGACGACGAAAACUAGUCCGUUCCCGACGCGGGCGGGGGCGACGCGGCUCGUUCGUCGACCUCCGGUCUCGCCCUGUAAACGGUUCCGAGCGGGGGUGGCCGGCGGGAGUAGUAGUCAUCGAGCGCUUACCGUGUGCAGAACACCGCACCGAGCGCUUGGGAGAGGACGAUACGAGAGAGUCGGACCGAGCUGCUAAUCUUCCCCCAUCCCCACUUAGAUCCGGGGAAGACAGGGGCCUGAGGGAAAUGGUGGGGCGGGAACCCCCCACUUCUAAGGGUUAGACUCGAAGCCCUUCCUCACCAUCCCCACCAAGCCAAGGCAAGGACCCGAUUGGGCUUAGGAGCCACAACUCGGUGGUGACUUAGUGGCAGGAAAGCCUCACGCCCCGUCUCACGGUACAGACUUCCCUUCCAAGGUAUUUUUUAAAAGCCGCCGUCGGAACCGUCCGGUGUUAUAAUAAUGAAGAAGCUGGACGACCGAAUCUUUCAGGGGAAUCGUCAGCCUUGGGCAACGUCCUCUCUCCUACUGUUUCUAUCAGUAUCGGUGGUCACAUUAUGGAAGCUGAGGCUCGUAGAAUAAAUCCAAAGUUUUUCAAAGCUUGUUGAUUUCCCGCAGUAUCCAGCUUAAAAAGCUCUGCAGAAAUCCCAAUUAAAGUCCUCGUUCUCACCUGUCAGUUCCCAGCUUGGAUGUUUAGUUGGUAUGUUCUCUGCCCAGCCAGAACUGGAAUUAUCUUUAAAUGCACACAGAAGUAAAAAUAAGAGAAGCGGCAUGGCCUAGGGGAAAAAACACGGGCCUGGAGUCGGGGGACCUGGGUUCUAAUCCCAGCCCUGCAAGUUGUUUGCUCUGUGAGCUUGGGCGAGUCACUUAACUUCUCUGUGCCUCCAUUUACCUCAUCCGCAAAACAGGGAUAUAAUCUUCCUCCAUGAGCCCCCAUGCGAGACAGGAACUGCGUCCAACCUAAUAAAACUCGCUUCUACCCCAGUGCUUAGUAUAAUGUUUGAGGUAUUCUAAGUGCUUAACCAAUACCAUAUGAAAGAUGGUCUAUACAGAGCACUCAUAUAAACCCCCCUCUAAGCUCGCUGUGGGCAGUGAACGUGUCUUAUUGUUGUAUGGACCCUCCCGAGCGCUUAGUACAGUGUUCUGCACAGAGUAAGCGCUCAAAUACCACUGAAUCGAUAACCGAGUGCUUACUAUUUGUCAAGCAUUCUGUUAGGUCCGGGGGUAGAUAGAUAAGCAAUCGAUGGCCACUUGCUGGACGCAGACCACCGAACUGAGCGUUCGGGAGAGUACGGUCCAGUUGGUAGACGUGAUUCCCCCCCUCAAGGGGCUUACAAUUUAGUGGGGGAGACAGACAUUAAAAUAAAGGUAAACCGAGCAGACACGGUUUCUCUUCCCCCUGGGCCUGACAUUUUAAAAGGAAGAAUAGGAACGUUGACCUUACUUUCAGAUGAGGAAACCGAAGCACGGAGCAGCAGAAAGUGAUAGCUCACGGUCACACGGUAGACAGGCAACUGAGCUGGGUCUCGACUCCCAGGUUCAGAUUGGCUUCACCUUGGCCAAUCACUUCCGCAACCCCAAAGCUUGGGGACUGGGUGAUUUCGGAGUGGGAUUUAAGCCAAAUGUCAGUGCCCCAAGGUGAUGGCUGUUAAGAAAGCACAGAGAUCCAGAGGGUCCCGCCUCAGGAAAUAAGCCCCUCGGUCUGACUUUUGACUCCCAGCAAUCUCUCCAAUCCCCCGCCGAAUCUAGAAUCGCUCUCCGUCCAGCCGGUAGAAUCAAAGGCCCCCGCAUCGCCUCAGGCCCCAACUCUGAAAAUAGGAAACCAGCUCCGUGGCUGAUGGAACAAGGAGCCAGGGAGUCGUGGCUACGGCCAAAACUUUCCCAGGCUUUGGAAUCGAGGGCAUGGCCUCCUGCCCCUCACCGAGGUAGAUGGGCAGACCGAGGAGGUGGCCCUGACGAUUCGGAAAACAAAUGAAAAUAAUAAACACAAACCUCCCAAAGUG